AAUAAAUAGCUUACUCAGUCUUUACCUUGCAAAUAAAUCUUAUUUGCUCUGUUUAAUAUUUACCAGUGGGCAUUGACUUAAUACUAGCCAGCAAAAGGAAGAAUAGGGAAGGAGCACUGUGAAAGAGAGGUCCAGCAGACUCUUUAAACUGCACUAACCAUUCGGAAUGAAAAUUAAGUCUGCGCUGUAUUUGUCUUUGGUGCUUGUGGGGCUUCAAGUCCAGGCUUAUCAUAUACCCAGCCACAGUGAUGAACAGGAGGACCAACACACACCUCAUUCCCCUGCUGAAGGGGAAAACCUGGCUCACCUCAAGAUAGCCCCCAGCAAUGCUGACUUUGCAUUUAGAUUUUACAAGCAGGUCACAGAGGAGGAAGGUAACAAGAACGUUUUCUUCUCUCCUUUGAGCCUCUCCACUGCCUUUGCAAUGCUCUCCCUGGGUGCCAGAGCACACACGCUCAGUCAACUGCACAAAUGCCUCGCUUUCAACCUGACAGAGCUGGAGGAGCGGGAGAUCCAUGUCGGCUUUCAGAGACUCCUCCAGCUGCUGAAUGAUCCUCACCGAGAAGUCCAGUUGAGUAUGGGCAAUGCCCUCUUCAUAAAUAAUGAACUGAAACUGCGCCAAAAGUUUUUGGAAGAUGUCACAACUUUUUAUGAUUCUGAAGCUAUUUCUAGUGACUUCCAGAAUUCUGAAAAGGCUGUAAAUGAAAUCAAUAACUAUAUAAAAACAAAAACCCAUGGCAAAUUUGUUGACUUCCUGCAGAAUCUUAGUCCAGAUGCUUUGAUGAUUCUGAUUAACUAUGUUUACUUUAAAGGCUACUGGGAAAAACCUUUCAAGAGUUUCCACACCAGAGAUGAUGACUUCUUUGUGGAUGCCAAGAAUUCUGUUAAGGUCAAAAUGAUGUAUCAAAGCAAAGUCCAUAAUAUCCAUCGGGAUGAGAAGUUGUCUUGCUGGGUAGUAGAAAUCCCAUAUAAAGGAAAUGUUGCUGCCUUCUUUGUUCUGCCUGAUGAAGGGACAAUGAAGCAGGUGGAAGAUGCUCUGCUAAAAGACACAGUGUCUAAUUGGAGCCAAUCACUUGAAGAAAGAGCAAUCGAACUUUACCUUCCAAAAUUCUCCAUCUCUGGCUCCUAUGAUGUCAAGAGCCUGUUUAUAAAAAUGGGUGUGACAGAUGUAUUCAGUAAGAAUGCUGACCUCUCUGAAGUGGCAGAAGGUGACCGCCUUGUGGUUUCCAAGGCAAUUCACAAGGCUGAGGUGGAUGUUAAUGAGAAUGGUACAGAGGCAGCUGCAGUGACCAUGAUAGAAUUGGUACGGUUGUCUGAAGUUUUCCCUCUUCCUCAUGUCAUCAAAUUCAACAGACCCUUCCUGAUGUUGAUUGUUGACAAAACAACCUACAGCAUCCUCUUCAUGGGGAAAAUUGUGAAUCCAACUGUCAAGGAAGGCUAGGCCAGAGCACUUGUACUUCAUAGAGCAGAGAAGAGAGCUUGUGCACAUCCCAGUGACUUCUUUGCAAGAAGAGACUGGAAUUGAUCCUUAAUUAAAAAAUAAAACCAUUUGACAUGA